AUUCUUUAUUUUCAAGCGACAAUAUCCAAAAAUAGAAGAAAUAGUAUAUUGAUCUAUUUUUAUCUGCGAUGUUGUGAAAAAAAAGGUGUGAUACAUUUACAAAUGCAUCCUUUGAAACAGUUUAAGUCAACACCGACAUGAAGAGAGUAACGCUAUUUCACAACAGCACACCAGCAGACGGAAGGUUGCUGUUUGUGUCACCAACACACACCUUGGAAGAAUUUAUUCAGGAGUGUGGCAAGAAAUUGGACUGUGAUGCUAAGCUGUUAUUCACUGCGCAGGGAGCAGUAUUAGAUGAUGUUAAUUUUGUUAGGGAAGAUGAUGUGUUUUACGUGUCAGAAGGAAAACCGUUCAUAGGUCCGUCCCCGUCCAGAUCUACCCCUGUGAUACGCCCGAGGUCUUUUUCCUCAAUCAGCCCCAGAAAUGAUUGUAAGCGUCACUCGCGGACACCCACUGAAUCAACCACCUCUAAGUGCACUUGUAGCAGCUCAGAAUGGGUGACUCUCAAUGUCGGAGGUCGAGUGUUUACCACAACAAGAAGUACACUUACACAGCAGGAACCAGAGAGUAUGCUGGCUAGAAUGUUCUGUGAUGAAGAUCAAUGGUACAGCAGUGUGGAUGUGACUGGAGCUUAUUUGAUUGACAGAAGUCCCCGGUAUUUUGAACCAAUCCUUAACUACCUCCGGCACGGUCAGCUUGUCCUAGAUAAAGACAUCAAUCCAGAAGGUGUAUUGGAAGAAGCCAAGUUUUUUGGUUUGACUUCUUUGAUGGAAAUUCUAGAAGAUGUCAUUGAGAAAAAUCAAGUACCUGACGAUAGCACCCCAAUCAACAGACGAGAAUUCGUUCUCCGCCUGCUCUCCACUCCCACCAACAAGGAACUUCGAUGUCAGGGUAUGAAUUUUACUAAUGCGAACCUUUCCAAGUUGGACUUGAGGUACAUCAACUUUAAGUAUGCUGUUCUGAAGAAUGCCAACCUUACUGGAGCUAACCUGUCGUACUGCAACUUUGAGAGGGCUGAUCUGUGUCAGGCAGUGCUAGACUCUGCCAAUUUGCUGGGAGUGAAAAUGUUGUGUGCAAAUAUGGAAGGGACCUCACUAAAGGGAUGUAAUUUUGAGGAUCCCGCAGGCAGUCGAGCUAACAUGGAAGGUGCCCUAAUGAAAAAUGUUAAUCUGGAAGGGAGUCACAUGGCUGGUGUGAAUUUAAGAGUAGCAACAUUGAAGAAUGCCAAUUUACAGAAUUGUGAUCUCAGAGGAGCAGUGUUGGCAGGGGCAGAUCUAGAGAACUGCGAUAUGUCUGGUUGUGAUCUACAAGAGGCAAACCUCCGAGGGGCUAAUUUGAAGGGAGCAGCACUUAAACUGAUGCUGAACCCCCUUCAUAUGGCCCAGGCUGUGAGGUGAAGAGCCGUGAGAAGGGUGAUAUGAUUUCUUAUUGACUGCUCAGAAAACGGGGACCCAGUAAGCGUCGGUGGAGUUAUUUCAUCACUGUAUCCAUAUUGUCUGGUCAAAUAAGUAUUAAGUGAAUAGAAUGCGAGGUUUAAAAACACCUUUUUUUUUAAAAAAAGUAUUAAUAUAGUUUUAUUUUGGCCAUAUUUUUGAUCUCAGAAAUCAGAUGACUCUGUAGUUGUUACAUGUAGUAUUAUUACAGUACAUGUUUUGUCCAUUGAGACUGAGUACACACGUAUGUAUGUAUAUUGCUAGGUACAGUACACGUUUUGUCCAUUGAGACUGAGUACACACGUAUGUAUGUAUAUUGCUAGGUACAGUACACGUUUUGUCCAUUGAGACUGAGUACACACGUAUGUAUGUAUAUUGCUAGGUACAGUACACGUUUUGUCCAUUGAGACUGAGUACACACGUAUGUAUGUAUAUUGCUAGGUACAGUACACGUUUUGUCCAUUGAGACUGAGUACACACGUAUGUAUGUAUAUUGCUAGGUACAGUACACGUUUUGUCCAUUGAGACUGAGUACACAUGUAUAUUGCUAGGUACAGUACACGUUUUGUCCAUUGAGACUGGGUACACAUGUAUAUUGCUAGGUACAGUACACGUUUUGUCCAUUGAGACGGAGUACACAUGUAUAUUGCUAAGUACAGUACACUUUUUUUCCAUUGAGACUGAGUACACAUGUAUAUUGCUAGGUACAGUACACUUUUUGUCCAUUGAGACUGGGUACACAUGUAUAUUGCUAGGUACAGUACACUUUUUUUCCAUUGAGACUGAGUACACACGUAUGUAUGUAUAUUGCUAGGUACAGUACAUGUUUUGUCCAUUGAGACUGAGUACACAUGUAUGUAUGUAUAUUGCUAGGUACAGUACACGUUUUGUCCAUUGAGACUUAGUACACGUUUUUAUGUAUAUUGCUGGGUACAGAGUGCAUGGUAUGAAGGGAUAAUUUAUUGAUUUUGCAGAAUGUUUUAUGAAUGUUUAAAAAACACAGAAUUGAAAUGUUUAACAGUUUAAAGUACAAUAAAAUACAUCUUUUAUUUUUAUUUAUUUAAAUGUUUAACAGUUUAAAGUACAAUAAAAUACAUCUUUUAUUUUUA